GGAGACACCGCCCCGCCAUUAGUCAUUAGUGGCUAUUGGGUAGCUUACUGAUUAGCUUGAAAAUACUGACGUGUAAAUUUAUUGGUUAAAAUUAUUCUACAACACUCCCAAAGCUGUACAAAGACCAUGGAUUUUAUCAACUCCAUUCCCACGCACAUGGACUUUGAGGGCCAGUCGAGGGCCGAGAAGUACUCCAGGGUGAUCAUAACGCUCUUCGGUGCCGUCGGCGUCAUCUGGGGCUACAUCAUCCAGCAGUUCUCCCAAACAGUCUACAUUCUAGCGGCCGGAUUCCUGCUGGCGGCAAUUCUUACCAUUCCGCCGUGGCCCAUUUACCGCCGUAGGCCCCUGCAAUGGCAGAAGGUACGUUCGGGUGACUCCGGCGAGCCGUCCAAAAAAAAGAAGAAGUAGUUUUGUACGAAACUUUACUUUGUAAGAUGCUUGUUACAUACGUUAAUCUAAUAAUUGGGGAGCAUUUCUCCCACCUUAUCCA